ACUGAAAUAUGAAGAGGUUUGACGGUUUCAGACUGCGUGUCUCCGCAGCUUUAUAAACAAACAACUGCUCUGCCUAAAAUGCUAGUGAAAAUGAUCGGGAUGUAUCACAAUUUCUCGUCAAAUAUAUUCACAACUGAAAGAUGGUAAAGCAACCUAGAAAGAUUAGGCGAAAAUUUAGAUCAGAACGUGGCACGUGAUCUCGUUUCCCAGGAUGCAAAGAGAGGAAAACGCCCUUACCACGCUUUUCCACAAAUCCAUUUUCCGCUGUUGACUGAACUGUAAGUUUCCCUCCUUUCUCCUGUUCUUUAUGUUGAGCGACAUUAUGAGUGACAUUGACAUUGGAAAGCGAAUUUUCGUCAAAGGAUUUUCUCCGGAAACGACCGAAAACGAGCUCAGAUCUUAUUUUGAGAGAUUUGGCGCGGUCAAGGAAAGCAAAGUCGUUCGAGACCGCAACGGAUUUAGUAAAGGAUACGCUUUCAUUACAUUCGAAUCGCAAGAGGUGGCUGACAAAGUCCGCGACCAAGAAAGCCUUGAAUUUGAGGGGAAAAGCUUGAACAUUGGCAAAGCGGUCCGUAGAAAGAGCAAAAGAAGUUUUGGGAAGUACUAUUACCAUCGACAAGACGUGCAUGACACGUCAAGUCAUGGUAGCUAUUAUGCAUUUUCGACAUCCGAUGGAAGCAUGUACUAUUCUCAGAUGAAUCAACAGCCUCACUUUGUUUUGGUCCCGGCCUAUUCCCCACAGAUGCACUACCAGUCGCAGAGUCCGUAUCCUCAGCCUUCCCAUUCAGCUUCUCAACCGAUCUACACAACAACAGCUGUGUUAGGAAACUCUUAUCUCCAGCCUACGCCAUAUUCGUUCUCUCCAGGACAUUCGUGGAAUGAGGUGGCAGCAGUUCCAGUGAACGCUGCAGUCGUACCAAAAGUCCAUCAUCAGUUUCCCUCCGAAAACCAGACGGAAAUUGCUGUUGCUAGCACUCAUGCUCCACCAGCUCAAAUAGUGAGUUUGGCUAUUCCUGAAGGCAAUUAUGUGUCAGAUGUCGGAGCAGUUUCUGGCGUAGGAGAGUUGGUUUUUGAAAGUCCUAAAGGAAAAACAGAAAAAAAAGUACAGGCUAUAAAGUUUUUAAAGAAGCAUGAACCAUCAAGUCCUGCUGCAAUAUCAGUACCUCCAACCGCCACUAUUCAUGUUAUUAACGGACAAGUCCCAUCCACUCAGUAAAGUCGACAUUUGAAUACCAAUCCUAUACACUAUAUUUCUCACUAAAUCCUUAGAUCAGCGCAAAACUAACUUAACGCUUGAGAAUUUUUAGUUAUCAUGUCGAGCUGAAAAUGCCAUUCACAAUAUCUGCAAAGAUAAACUUAUGUAAUGGACAUCUCUGUUGCUCUAAGAUGCUCGCCGAAAUCAAUUAGUGAUAUUUAUACAAAGAGUAUGAAACAAACGAUUUUACCAUUACUUUAUUUCUGACUGGUGAGAAUUAUUGUCGCUUCCUUAUUCCUAAUCACGGGGUCUUUCCAAAACAGGUAGCAUGAUUAUAUUUUUGCAUAGCAAUAAAGCAAAACUUUGAUUUGUGUACGAUUCCAUACCAAAUUUAUGGUUUAUUUUUUCCUGGAAGGAUGCAAAGUUAUAA